AGCACGUUUCGACUGAUGGCACAUAUUUUCCCAAGAGAAAGUACAAGAAUUAUUAAAGUUAAGCAACUCAAUUUGAGAGACACGUUUCAAUAGGAACACCACAUAGCGUUCGGAGCGAAUCAUAGUCAAUUAUAUAUAUUGUCAAAGCCUUUGUUCUUGGCGAUCAUAAAAGUCAUGGGUUUGUCUGUCAGACAGCACAGUCUCAGAGUCAAACUUAACUUCUUGACAUGUUCGCACUACGUUUCGGCUUCAUCGCAUGCCUCGUCCUGAGCGCAGCGAAUACCUACGAUCUAGACAAGAAUCUAGGCUUGAGCCUGAUUCGUCUUCUUCGUGUGGCACGAGCUGUAACCGAUGUGUCCGGCGCAACUGAUGCAACAACUGCAACAACACCUGAAGCAACGACAAUAACAACGGAUCCAUUAACAACUAUAACAACAGGAUCUCCAACCACCCCAGCUGCAACAACAAUAACAACAGAGACUCCAACAACAAUAACAACCGAGACUGUAACUACACCAACAACAUUAACUGAUUCUCCAACUACACCAACAAUAACAACUACAGCAGCUCUUACAACCCCAACGACAAUAACAACACUUGCUCCAACAACAAUAACAACAGAGACUCCAACAACACAAAUAACAAUUUCAACAGAUUCUCCAACUGUACCGGCAAUAACAACAAUAACCACACCAACUCCAACAAUACCAACUAUAACUACACCUGCUCUUACAACUCCGACAACAGUCACAGAGACUCCAACAACACCAACAACAAUAACAGAGACUCCAACACCAACAGCAUUUACAACAGAUUCGCCAACUACACCAGCAAUAACAACAAUAACUACAGCAUCUUCACCUACAAUAACAACUAUAACUACACCUGCUCUUACAACUCCAACAACAAUAACAGAGACUUCAACAACACCAACGACGGCAACAACACCAACGACAGCAACAACAGCUGUGGCAACAACUCCUGCAACAACGGUCACUAUAAUAUUAUUAACAUUGAGAUUAAAUGGCGUCAUAAUUUUCCAACUUCGAUUGAAUUGCGAAAAUAUUAAAUUAAUUUUCGGCGCAACUCCAGUUACUGCCUGCUCCCUUUUACUUGCUUAACCUCUUUUCCUAAGUAAUUUUGAAUAAAAAUAAAUAUGA